CUAGCCUCUGUCUGUGUUGAGCCGGCAAGGAGGAGGGACCGUGUCGUGUGCUACGUGCAGAUUUGUUCGCCAAAAUCGUAUAGAAAGGAAUCAACCAGCCAGUUCAGAGACCUGCCUUAACACAGACAAAUAAGAUCUAAGGAGAUUUUCGUGUCAAGCUUAAUUGUAGUGGCCAAAGCAUUAUUAAAUGCAAGAUCCUCGUGGUAUUUUGGUUGGUGAAACAUUACCGAUCAAUGAUUGUGCGGCGAGAUUGUUUUUCAUAACAGAGCUGACCAGAAUCGAUUCUCGUGGUUAUCGGGAAGAAAACGGGAGCCGAGAGAUAGACUGGAUAUCCAUGAGCUCCGACUAUCAGCACUACAGUUUCAGAAUGCCGAAUAUAGGGUUCCAAAACCUUCCCCUCAACAUCUACAUUGUGGUCUUUGGCACAGCCAUAUUUGUCUUCAUCCUCAGUCUCCUCUUCUGCUGCUACCUGAUUCGGUUACGGCAUCAGGCACACAAGGAGCUCUAUGCAUACAAACAGGUUAUACAGAAGGAAAAGGUCAAAGAACUAAAUUUGCAUGAGAUCUGUGCGGUGUGCUUGGAGGAAUUCAAACAGAAAGAUGAACUGGGGAUCUGCCCUUGUAAACAUGCCUUUCAUAGGAAGUGCCUCAUUAAGUGGCUGGAGGUGAGGAAGGUGUGCCCGCUGUGCAACAUGCCCGUCUUACAGCUGGCACAGCAGCAGGGCAGCUCUGAGCCGCAGGGCCCCAUGCAGCAGCCUCUACCGGGGGUGGAGAACCUGGUGUAGCGCCACCGCUGCUGCCGCCACCACCACCACCACCACCACCACCCAUCCCCGCUGCCACGUGCUCCGCCUCCCUCCCCCUGCUCCCACGAGACCUGACCCUGCCACACUCACUCGCCCACUCACCUGUACAGGUACACGUGCACACAGCCCGGGACAGACGCAGGAGAACUCCUGUUUCUAUGCAGCGUCAUCCGAGCUGCUGAAAUCCCACCACCUGACUCGUUGCUCUGCCCAUGUGGGUUCACACACACACACACACACACACACACACGAACACAAAUACAAACACACUAACGACAAAAGACAAAGAAGAAACAAAAGAGGAAUUCACUAUUUAUGAAUAUUCAUGACUCUUCUCCACCUGCGUUCCGUUUCAGUUUUCUUCCCUUUUUUUUCUCUGCGGCCAAGUGGUGGUCAGUCUGACUGUUUUCACAACCAAAGCACUUUUCUGGGGACACCAGCACAAGAAGACUAGAAAACAAGAGAACUAAAACAACAAAAGAACAAAACCGCAGACUACAAAACUACAUAUUAAAAAUGGAAAACGGCUGCAUUUUUAAUGAACGUUUUUUUAACAAGCACUUUAUGAGAACUCAACCUUAAUUGCUUGUGAAGGUAGUAGCAAGGUCAUAUUUUAUAUUUUAUUACAAUUGAUUAAUUGUAUUACUUUUUUCUUUUAUUUUUCUUUAGUUAUUGUGUACAGAGCCACAUCAGUUUGGUUUUGGUUAGUUGGGACAUUGAUUUAAAGAAGCAAAGAUACAUUUAUAUAAACAUAUUAUUGAUAAUCUCAAAGGGAUACUAACCUCCCGAUGGAAAGAGCAGGAAGUAGGAUUUAGAACACUUAUGGGUGGUCUCAUGCACAAAUACACACAGUUGAUGUGUGUGUUUGUGUUUGAGUAUGCAAAGUUUUAGGCCAGGCUGACCCUGAGGCAGACCAUCUAAAUGUGAAUGUGAAGUAUUUAGGAGAGACAGCUGGUCAGCAUGUCACUGACUGACCCCAGAUGUAACGUUACACUAGCAUGCCUGUGCUGACAUCUGCAGCCUGGUGUGUGUUUAUGUGUGAGUGUACAUGUGUCUCAUGUGAAGGAUGUGCUACGUGCUACCAUUGAGCACAAACUGACCCAAGCUGCCUUUAGGCUGCUCGGCCCUCUGUGGAAACUCCCUCUCCUCCGAACACAUCAGAGAAGUGCAGCAGCACUCAUGGGUGCUGGUGGCUCUUGAGUAUGGUUAGUUUCGGUACAAAGCAUCUCUACAAAGCAUCUCUAAUCUCUUCCUAUAAGAGGCCAAACAGGAAGAGCAGGACCCUAAUGUCUGUGGUGCUAACAGCAGCAGGUCACCAACCUCCCCAACAGCGACAGGGUUAGUCAAAUUGUUUGACAGAAAGAUCAUGUUAAAACAACAAAAGUUGCCUCAUCUGGCUUUUGAUUUCAGGAGAAAACUGCUGGUGCUAUGGACAUGUCACUCAAAUACUCAACUAUCAGCCUCUUGUCUCACAGCAUCAGGAUCAUCCUGGAGCACUGUUGCCAUUUCUGUCUCAGCCAAUGUGAUCUGGUUAUUUACUACAUCUCUAUUUAAUAUCACACUUACUCCUGAAUUUGGGCUUUUUGGUGAUCCCUGUGGACAGAGCCCUAUAUGGGGCUGUGGUCUGUUUAAAGCUGUGUGAGUCCCUAGGAGGACUUCUUUUAGACAGAAGACUGAUUGUAGGUGUCAGGCCCUGUGACAUUCCAGCCGAGCUCAGCAUAUCAGCGGGCUUGUGCGGCCCUCCUGGGGCUCUUUGUGUGGGCCCCGGUACAAAGGGCCACUGGCCCAGUUCUCAAUGGGCCCUGGCUCAGCCUGCACGUCCGUGACGUCGGCCCCUCUGUGUGGCUCGGUGCCGAGCCUGUGGAGGCUGCGGUCAGCAGGUGAGGCAGCGUUUUAAUUCUCCCCAGAGAAUAGCUGCCUUUCUGAGCCCUUAUUCUGGCUCAUUCCCCUCUCUGCUACUGCUUUUGUGUACCUCCACGCCCGCCCCUCUACCAACAGGGUCCUUUGUGUUGGCCUCUCGUUACGGCGGCCUCAUUCCCUGCCAGCACAGAGCUGGUGUGGACGAAAGCGCACGUUUUUGGUACGAAGUGUUUCAGGUGCUCUUUUUUGUCAUCAGAGAGUCAGAGGGGAGAGUAGACUAGAUUGUAAUCACCUUUGUGCAUAAUGGCCUGUCAUUUGCCUCUGAAUGAACAAGCAUGAGAUUAUGAUAAGAUCAUAAGCUUCUCCUUUUAGUGACACUAUGUUACACUUCACUAGUUGACUGGUUCGAAAGUGUAAUCUGUCUUAAUAGGUGGGUUUGUUUUUUUGUGUCUUCUCUGAUGUAGAUGCCUUCCUCUAGACAGGCAUUCUCACUGCCAAACAUUGCAUUUAGGUGAGAUGGCCCUUCUCCUUAGAUAGCCUGAGCUUAAAGAAAGAUCUCUACAGUGAGUCCUUAUAUACCACAUAAGGUUGAGGGAUUGCAGAAUAUACCUAGGAAAGCCAAACUGUAUCCAUACAAGCUCCAUUGUACUCAUUGACAUGAUUUGUAUGUGACUACAAAAUAAUGUCUUUUAUGUUUCUGGGUGCAGGUUGUGAAUUGGAGCUUUGUGCGUUACUGAUGUAUGUGCUUGUGUCAUGUGUUUUGUCCAUGUUUGUGAAGCAACGUACACUGUGGUGGAUUGUGGACUGGGAAAAUUGUAAACCUAAAGAAGACACAUGAUGGGAUUGUUUGGUACAUUUUCACUUCCCUUCCAUUUUCACUUUUGCUAUAACACAACACAUGUGUCUCCCCGAAGUCCCCUUGAAGCAAAACCAGGCUUCUGGGAUUUUAUUUUGAGAAACCCAGCACAACUGAAAUCCCAACUGAGUCAUGUGAUUUGAAUUCAAAGUCUUAUUUUUUUUGAAAGUGUCGGUUUGUCACUGAAUGUAUGUUGAGUAAGGUACAACAGAGUAUAAUGAGGAGAGGAUAAUGUGAAUGGCAUGUGACUGUGCCACUGGUCUGACUGUAAACUGCAUAGAGGAGUGAAAGCAGGUGUUGAGUAGGAGUGUAUCCGGUUGGUCCAGCCAUAGCAAAACACACACGGCAUUUGCCACCAAAAUUUGAUCCAAACUAUUCUGAAACUGAUGAUAGGCAGAUAGACAUUUUGAAUUGGUAAAAUUAUGUCCAUUUCCAAUGGCAGUCCUUAAAUGGAUCAAUUGAUGAUCGUUCCACAAAGCCCAUUUGAUUAGCUUUAAAUAGAUAUAAGCAGCUCCCUAGAUAUCAAUGUGUACCAAGAUAACUACAUGUGAUUACCUCAUAAGUGUUUUUGUAAGUGGGGCUGCUUGCCAAUCCUUGGUUGUGUACUAGUGUAGAUAUGAUGGCAAAGUCUUUGAAUUCAUGUUGUCUGUCCAUAAAAUAUAUAUACCCAUGUUGAGCAUA